GAAACUUGUGGUUGUUUCCCUCGGGUCUCUCCCGGGCGGGAACACGGAACAGGGGCAUGGAAGAUCCGUCCGGCGGUCGCGAGCCCCGGGCCCGACCGAGGGAGCGGGACCCGGGCCGGCACCCCAACCCGGACCGAGACCGCGCCCACGAGCGACACCGGGACCGACCCAGGGACCCGCAGAGGGAGCGAAGCGGCGACGGGAACCGGCGAGGGGACCGAGACCGCGACCGGGAGAGGGAGCGGGACCGGAACUGGGACCGGGAUCGGGACAGAGACCAGGAGAGGGAGCGCGACCGGAACCGGGACCGGGACAGGGACAGGGAGAGAGACCGGGACCGAGGCCCCCGCCGGGACAGACACAGGGACGCGGGCCCUCGCGCAGGUGAACACGGAAUUUGGGGAAAGCCGCGCCAAAGCUGGACGCGGGACGGAGCCCGGGGACCAACCUGGGACCCAGCCGCGCCUCCUGGGCCCGCGCCCUGGGAAGCCCCGGAGCGGCCGCCGCAGAGGAAGGGGGGCCCUGGGCGCCACGCACCCGAAAGUGAACUCCCUUCAGGGAGAUAUGUGCCCUCGACCCCCAAGCCUGGACAGGAGGAGGUGGAAUAUUACCAGUCAGAGGCGGAAGGACUCCUGGAAUGCCAUAAAUGCAAAUACUUGUGCACUGGGAGAGGUGUGGUGCAGAUAGUGGAGGUGGUCUUGAAUGGGAUGGUUCUCAUAUGCAUCGUGGCCUCCUACUUUGUCCUUGCCGGAUUCAGUGCCAGCAUUUCCAGCGGUGGUGGCUUUGGAAACAACUACUACUCACCGUUCGAGGGCACUGAGCUGGAACAAGUUCGGCAGCUGGACCAGAAGUACACGGUCCUCCGGGCACCCCUGAUAUAUGGUGGCGUGGCUGUUUCUCUGGGGCUGGGGGUCCUCACCAUGGGUGUUUUACUCCAAGGGGCUAAAAGUCUGACAGUGUUGCCAGGGAGGUGGCUCCUCACGGAGGCCGCCUUCAGCCUCCUAGCGGCAGUGGGCUACUGUUUAGGCAUUGGUGUUUACCUCCACAUAGCUCUGCAGAUCAAUAGCACUGACACUUGCAAAACAAGAGAGAGGCUGUAUGCCCGCAGGGGUCUCACCUGGAUGAACUGCCAGCUGGCAGGCACCGACGGAGCAGCAGCCACCUUUGCUUGCCUUCUGGUGAUCAUGUACGGCGCCAGCGUGGUGCUGGCCCUGCGGAGCUACCGAGAACAGAAGCACUACAAAGGCAGCCAAGAACAGCCCAGAAGUUACCGUAAUGCACCAGAAUAUCUGUGGUCUGGAACACUCUGAGAUCUUCCAGAACCUAAAUGUGAACCCACCAUGGUUGCUCCAUUGUUUCUCUCAAAAAGACAUGUCUUUUAAAACCGCACAUUAGACAACUAUGGUUUUCACACACUUGACUUUAUACAUGCUCCCUUUGGACCUAGGCAAAGUUAAAUAAUUGAGGCCAGGCAUGGUGGCUAGUCUGUAAUUCCAGCACUUUGGGAGGCGAAGGUGGGCAGAUCACCUGAGGUCAGGAGUUUGAGACCAGGUUGGCCAACAUGGUGAAAUCCUGUCUCUACUAAAAAUACAAACAUUAGCUGG